AUGGCCGCGGUCGCGACGCCGCACGUGGGGGCGACCCAGCUUCGCGCGCGUCUCCACCGCGGCUGCGUCCAACGCGUACCACGCGCGUCGACCCGGACGCGUCGCCCGUCGCGUCUCAUCGCCCGCGCCUCCGAAGGCGUUCCCGGGGACGACGCGGAGGAGGAGGAGGAGGAGGAGGUGGGCAUCGACGACCUCGUAGAGAUGGAGAUCGGAGGCGUGAGCGUGUCACCGCGCGGCUUCGUCGCGUUGCUCGUCCCCAAGGGCUCCGCCGGGUCCAUCCCGCGCGCGCCCAACCCCGUCGAGGAGCUCCGGCGCGCGGAACCGCGGGUGCCGCUGGGAUCGCUGAGGACCGCCCAGACGCUCCCGCUGCUCAUCUCGAAGAGGCCCGAGGACCGCGAGGGCGCGGCGAGCGAGUGGGCGCAGGCCAUGCUGCAGCUGACGCAGGACCCGCCCAUCGACAUGGGCAUCCAGCUCCCUUACGGUGCGCUGGACGAGCUGACGGGCGCCGAGGGGUCCAUCCUCGGCGCCGUCUUCCUCGGAGAGGCGCGAUGGGACGACACCGGGACGAGAUACGUUUUCGAGUCCACGCUGCUCGCGGGGAAGGAUCUCGAUCAGAGCACGUACGACCUACGCGGCGGCGAGGACGAGGCGUGGCGGGCGCUCGCGCUGGCGCUGAGGUACGCGCCGUACGGGUGCAGGAUAUUCGCCACGAAAAAGGCGCUCGCGACGGUGGACGCGAGGGCGUUCGGCGCGGCGGCGGAUCACGAGUACGAGGAGCAAUCGGCACCAACCGGGGGCGGGCUGUCGUUUGCGAACCUUCGAGACGCGUUCCCGAUGCUGCAGACGACGAAGGAGGCGCGCGCGAUCGCGGCGGAGGCGAGGAAGCGGUACCUCCUGGACCCUUUCAUGGCGGCGAGCGGCGGCGGCGGCGCGAGCCAGGACGAGGACGACGGCCGGUCCGUGGACGACGACGAAGACGGCGGAACCUUCAGUAAAUGA